AUGACGUUCAAGCGGAGGAACGGCGGGCGCAACAAGCACGGCCGCGGCCACGUCAAGUACAUCCGCUGCUCCAACUGCGCCAAGUGCUGCCCCAAGGACAAGGCUAUCAAGCGUUUCUUGGUGAGGAACAUCGUGGAGCAGGCUGCUGUGAGAGAUGUGCAGGAGGCUUGUGUACAUGAUGGAUAUGUUCUUCCCAAGCUGUAUGCCAAGGUGCACCACUGCGUUUCCUGUGCCAUCCAUGCUCACAUUGUCCGUGUCCGCUCCCGUGAGAACAGGAGGAACCGGGAGCCCCCGCAGCGUUUCAGGCGCAGGGACGACGGCCCGAGGCCUGGACAGGGUGGCCCGCCCCGUGCCGGCGGCCCUGGUGCCCCUGGUGGUGCGCCUGCUGGCGCCGGUGCCGUUCCUGGUGCCCCUGCUCCCCGUGUCUAG